ACGCCGUAUUGCUAACUCGUACAUAUAACUAGCUCAUCGCUUAAAACCCUAGUUUUAGCUCGCACUAUCCUCUUCACUGCCCCAGGGUUUACAGCAGCAGCUCCGCACCGUUUCAGUCAGAAAAAAUGGCUGUUCCUUUGUUGACCAAGAAGAUAGUGAAGAAGCGUGCCAAGAAGUUUAAGAGGCCCCAGAGUGACAGAAAGAUUUCUGUCAAGGAAAACUGGAGAAGGCCUAAGGGUAUUGAUUCACGAGUUAGGAGAAAGUUCAAAGGAUGCACCCUGAUGCCCAAUAUUGGUUAUGGCUCUGACAAGAAAACUCGCCACUAUCUCCCCAAUGGAUUUAAGAAAUUUGUUGUGCACAAUGUCGAAGAGUUGGAAAUUUUGAUGAUGCACAACAGGACAUACUGUGCUGAGAUUGCCCACAACGUAUCAACCAGGAAGAGAAAGGAGAUUGUUGAGCGUGCUGCACAGUUGGACGUUGUCGUUACCAACAAAUUGGCCAGGUUGCGCAGCCAGGAGGAUGAGUAAACAGUGGUGGCUAUAUUAUGUUAUAAUUUUUGUUUGGACUUGAAUAUUUUAAGCAUUAGGCAUUCUAUCCUUUGGAUCAAAUGUUUUUUUUUUUUUUUUGAGGUUAUUUUGUUUGGAUGGUUCUUUAAGUUUGAAUUAUAUUUUAUUUCGUAUUCAUCUGAUUGAGA